UUACAUUAAUUCGUCUUCUUCUUUUUCCCCUCUUGAUCCAUGUGUAUCUUGAAUUAGAAAUUGUCAAAAACUCAGCUCCGCAUGCCCACCUUCUUGAGCAGAGCCCGAAAUUAGGCAUUUUAAUUUUUCAUACAAGCAGAGAGACUCGGUUCAAGAAGUGUUGGACGAGCAAAAAAUGAAACGUCUCUUCCCCUGUCUCGCAUCCAAUUUUGCCCAGAGCGACAGAGAUAGCAAAGGUCGAAAAGCAAAUGAUACCACUGCGCCUAGCUCGUCCGCCGCAUCCAAAUUUGUCCAGAGCGACAAGGAUAGCAAAGGUCGAAAAGCAGAUGAUACCGCUGCAGCUAGCUCGUCUGCCGCUCCGAAAGGAAGUAACAAUUACGAUGUGUUCUUGGGUUUCAGAGGUACAGAUACUCGCAACACCUUCGUGGAUCACCUCUACAACAACCUUGUCGAUGCUGGAAUUUGCGUGUUCAAAGACGACGAUGAGCUUUGCGAAGGUGAGGAGAUUUGCACCAACCUUCUCGUGGCCAUUAAGAAUAGUAAGAUCUCCAUCCCAGUUCUCUCUCAAAACUACGCUUGGAGCAAUGCGUGCCUUCAAGAGCUCGUUCAAAUGAUUGAGUGCAUGAAGAACACCGGGCAAGUUGUCUUGCCCAUAUUUUACCGGGUUGAACCGGCCGAUGUACGACACCAGAAAGGGAGCUUUCAAGAGGCUUUCUCCCAUUUAAGGGGGAAGUGUUCUGAGGAAGACGUUGCCAAAUGGAAAGAAGCGCUCCAAGAAGUGGCUUCCUUGAAGGGAUGGGAAUCGGAGAAAAUUGCUAACGGGGAAUUGAAAAACUUCGCGUUCGGGCCCUUCGUCUCGACGAUUGCAGCUCAAACACGGACUUCACAACUAAACAAUUUGAAGAACUACCAAAUUUAAGGUUCCUUCAAGUGCGUGCCAGAAUUCUAAUUGGAGAUUCCAAAAGCUUGCUUCCUGAGUUGCGUUGGCUUGAGUGGAACUGGCAUAUUGCGCCCGUGGCUACUAGAUUUCAUCUAGAGAAAUUAAUAGUACUUGAUUUAUCAUGGAGUAAAAUUUCAGAGUUUUUGGAAGGUUGGAGUCAUUU